AAUUUCUGGAAUUACUAGAAGAAACAAGACAAGCCUUACGCCAAACCCAGAGGCAUCAAGGCAAGUUGGGCAAAAGGACGUCAAAAAGAUCAAAAGAUUCAAAACUGACAAUAGAUUUCAUCAUGUCAAUUGAAGACGCUGAAGCUCGGGAGAGGGUCCUUGGGGACAAGUUAAAACAUGCGGCCGAUGGAGGGGAAAUGCGCGGAGAGAAUAUUGAUCCAGCUCAGCAACCAAAUGACUUGGAGCAUGAAAAAACAAGAGAUUCAUCCUCUUCUUCCUCAGAUGGAAGCAAUGAAGCUCAACAAAGCCAGGAGAAUUCUGAACAAAAUAUUGCUCAAUCUACAACAUUGCUCCAAAGACCACAAGGAACAUUUGAAGUACUCGGCGUUGCAAAUACAGCACACAUGCAAGAAGCAGGAAGAUCAGUACUCUCCAAUUCUACAUCAGCCAUAACAACACAGUCCUUCCACCCCACCACAAUAGAGUCAUCACAACUUCAACCAUUCAAUCAUGGGCGAGACAUGAGUUUGAUCCCUAGAAAUCAACUUGGUCUUGCUUCCCAAAGUGCCUUUCAUGUUGAGAAUUUUGUUCCGUCUCGGACAAGUGGAAUAGUGUUCCAUGGUUUAAUAUUUCCGAUAAACCACCAAACAAAAAAUUUUGGAAGUAUUAACACCUACCAACUUCCCACAUCGAGCUUACCGCCCGAGUUUCGCUUGGAAUCUUCCUCUAGAAUGCAGUUACCCCAGAUCCAACAGCCACAAUCUCAAGUAUCGACACCACUACUACUAGAAAGUGGAAGUGGCGGAUCACAAUUCAGGACGACACAAUGGGCUAAUUGGCAUCCCCAAAACCAAAUCACUAUGCCUGAGACAUCAACUACAAUAGGGUCACGAGAAAUUCAAUUCCAAGGAUUAUUGACUGAUCAGGCUACAGGAUCAAGCAGUUUUUUUCCAACUGGAGGCUCUUCCAGUCAAAUUCAAAUCCCAAACAUUCCAAUUCAGCAAAAAAGAAUGCAGGGAAGUGCUAUGACUACUAGCCAAAAUGGAGUGGAAGAGCCAUGGAAGAGGAAUGUUAGGAUGAAAAUGGCUUGGCAAGAGAACAAUCCACCAAUGUCCAAUCUUCAGCUACCUAAUUGGAUUUCACCAGGUCAAGGCCCUCAAGGCCAGAACUUUGGAAUUCCUAAUGCCUCAGGCUCAAUCUCAAGACCUAGGUCUCUUAAGAAUUCGGUUUACGAUCAAAUGUACGAAUCAAUGGGUUUGCAUGUGGACCCUCAUUUACGCAUGUUUGUGGCAAGACGCGAGACUGGCAGCAGUGAAGCACAGUGAGAAUCAAAUUGAUCAAAGGAAAUCCUAACAUUUGUUGUUGCUGUUAACUAUGACUAUGUCUACACAACCCUAAAUGGGGGUUGUCAACUUUUUAACAUAUAUAGCAUGGAUUAUAUUA